ACUCCUUCAUCGCUCUCGCCAAUUUGUUGUGCGUCUUAAGGUUCCGGGGCUCCAGGGGCAGAGUGCCUAAUGACGCUAUAACUGCAAAAUGCACCGUGCUGAAGCACCUACAAUAAAUAGUAUAUAGAACCCCAACAACGCCAUAAGUCUUAACUCAUAAGUCUCUCAUCCGAAUUGUCCUUCAAAUUGAAAGCAAAUCUACAAAUCUACAAAUCUACCAGACCACCAAACUUAUUCUUCAUGCCUAAGAAAAGAUUCACAUCACAGUACUCUAAACCUGCCAGUACAGUCCAUCCAUCACUCAAUUCUAAUGCUUCUGCUUCAGCAUCGGCAUCGCAAAGUACGUCCCUCAUACUGAACAAAGCCUAAUUUACCCCGCCACCCUCCUACUGAUGAUUCACACUAAUGCGCGAAUUGUGCAACAGAUAAAAAUGUUCCGUCCGUCAACGAUUUAAUAAACUCGGCCCGCAAAAUUGGUAUCUCUCCUACUGAACACCUUCGCGCCGCCUCUUCGCUCAGUCCCUCUUCUCAUACCCUUCCUCCCCAAAUCCGCCAUCUUCUCUCCCAUCCCGAAACACCUUCCCCCACUCCCCGCAGACCCAUUCACAGUCGGCGUUUUGAUGCCAACGGGCGUCGCAUCCCAGCAGGCCCUGCUCCACCCAGAAGUUGGCUCGAAGGAAGUAGGCACGCGCCUGCUGAUGUGCGAAGGCGAUUCCGUUUACAACAGAAUGGAGAAGAGGGACGGUUAUUCCAGAGAUCGGUGGAUUGUUUCCCUGGUCUGAGUGAUGACAUGAAUGGGAAUGGGCGAAAUGGGGGAAGAAGCCUGCUAGAGAUGUGUUUGAGAGGGUUGGCAAGGGAUUGGGAGGAAAUGAGUGUUUAUGAGUCGAAUAACUUGGCAAUGUUACCGGUAGGGCUGAGGAUGGCGCUGUUAAGUUAUAUCGCGGUUUAUGGGCCGGAGGAAGGGAUCGGAUUUCAAGCGUUGAAGAAGCUACUUGUUUCGCCGAUACAGGAAGAAAGUACGGGUGAAAGUACAGGUGCAUUAGAAGGACGAAUCGAUCAAGAGACCGAAAAUUGGGAAGAAGAAGUUGAUGGGAGGUCUGCUGGAGGGAACAACGAUGAUUUUUUUCGAUUGGAUCUUGGUGGAUCAGUGGGAAGGUCGGUUAGCUUGAAACAGCUGUCAAAUAUUCUCGCAGCUACUCCCAUAAAUAAAGAGACAAUACCUCGAUCUCUGCCAGCAAUUCUUCCACACCUUACCCAUCUAUCACUCUCACAUCCUCCACGGUCGAUCUCUUGGCCUCGUCUUCUAGCUAUCACGCCCCAUCUCAAAACCAUUACUCAUCUCUCUCUGGCUUACUGGCCCGCUCCCUCACUUACACCAAACUCAAGCACUACUGUUUUUGAGUCUCCGAUAUCCGGAAGGAGAGAUAUUCAAUAUGGUGCUAGUAAUAUGUAUUCACGGACUUUAGAUGGAGACUUUUCGGAGUCGGCAUUGGUAUUGAAAAAAUUAGCAAGCGGAGUCUACGGGCUUGAAUACCUGGAUUUAGAAGGAUGCAUAGAUUGGAUACCAGCAUUAGAGGAUGUCAAUGGUGUUGAUUGGGGUAAUCAGUGGAGAAGGUUGAGCACUUUGAUAUUGAGGAGUGGGAUGAAGGAAGAGGGUCUGGAUUCCGAGGCGUCUGGUUUUGAAGGGUGGUCUGAAAAAGAAAAGCUUAUUUAUGGGAAGGCUAUAUCGGAUGGGUUGCAUGCCGAGCAUCAUAUUAAUAGGAUGAGGAAAAGCAAAGGGUUGCAAUGGAUGAAUAUGAUUGUCGACCCGGAUUCCAAAGGGAUUAGAUCGAGGGUCCCUAAGGAGUCUUCAGAAUCAAUUGCUACAGGUGCUCUUACUAGGAAUUGGAAUGACGAAUUGGCUACAGCGAUUGCUAAUAGUGCCUGGGAGUCUUAAGUUAGUUACGCAUUGCAUGGCGUUUGAUUGAUGAGCAUUAGGUUGGUAUAAGCGGGAUAUAUGGAUAGUUAAAUGAAUGGUCUCUUGAUGGUUGACUUUGUAUAUAAGGCACAGCGAGUAUAGAUUAGUCAUUGAAAUGCUCAUAGCAAAUAUUUUUAUGCCAAAAAUAGAAAUUGCAACAUGG